CCAGGCCGACCCCACCCUCGGGGCGCUGGUCUCCCGGGCGGGCCCAGCCGCCUCCCUCCCUCGGCCCGCCCCUUGCGCCGGCCUUUCGGCGCAGGAGCCGCAGCCGCAGCCGCAAUUCGUCGGCUCCCAUCCAGGCCGCGGGUCCCAGCCACGAUUCUGGAAGCAGGAAGUACCUUAGACUUGAGAGCUGGGCAGGCAGGAGCCAGGGGAGUGGCUAUGAUGACUUCAGCAGUGCUGGUGGACAUACGAGAUGAGGUGACCUGCCCCAUCUGCCUGGAGCUCCUCACAGAACCCCUGAGCCUGGACUGUGGCCACAGCUUCUGCCAAGCCUGCAUCACAAGGAGUAGCAAGGAACUGGUGAUCGGCCAGGAAGGGGAGAGCAGCUGUCCUGUAUGCCAGACCAGCUACCAGCCUGGGAACCUGCGGCCCAAUCGGCACCUGGCCAACAUAGUGGAGAGGCUCAGGGAGGUGGUGUUGGGCUCAGGCAGGCAGCUGAAGGUGAUUCUCUGUGUGCACCAUGGGGAGAAACUCCAGCUCUUCUGUAAGGAGGAUGGGAAGCUGAUUUGCUGGCUCUGUGAGCGGUCUCAGGAGCACCGCGGUCACCACACCUUCCUCAUGGAGGAGGUUGCCCAGGAGUACCAGGAGAAGUUCCAGGAGUCUCUGAAGAAGCUGAGGCAAGAGCAGCAGGAAGCUGAGAAGCUCAAAGCUGUUAUCAUGGAGAGGAGGGCAUCCUGGAAGAAUCAGAUGGAACCUGAGAGACACAGGAUCCAGACAGAGUUCAGUAAAUUGAGAAUCAUCCUGGACAAAGAGGAGCAGCAGCAACUGAAAAAUCUGGAGGAGGAAGAGAGGAAGGGACUGAGUAUUUUAGAAGAGGCUGAGAAUGAGCUGUUCCAGCAGAACCAGUCGCUGAGAGAACUCAUCUCACAUCUGGAGUGGCGGUGUCAAGGGUCGGCAGUGGAGCUGCUGCAGGAUGUGAGUGAUGUCACAAAAAGGAGUGAGUUCUGCACUUUGAAGAAGCCAGAAGCUCUCCCCACCAAGCUGAAGAGUGUGUUUCGAGCCCCAGAUCUGAAAAAGAUGCUGCGAGUAUUUAGAGAACUGACUGAUGUCCAGAGCUACUGGGUGGAUGUGACUCUGAAUCCACACACAGCUAACUUAAAUCUCGUCAUGUCUAAAAACCGGAGACGGGUGAGAUUCGUGGGUGCGAAGCUGUCUGGGUCUUACCUGGAGGAGCAUUUUGACUGCGGUGUCCUGGGCUCUCAGCACUUCUCCUCAGGAAAACAUUACUGGGAGGUAGAUGUGGCCAAGAAGACCGACUGGAUCCUGGGGGUGUGCAGUAAUCCAGCGGGGCCUACGUUCUCUUUCCACCAGUUCACAAACAACCGGAGUGUUUACUCCCGAUACCAGCCUCAAAGCGGAUACUGGGUGAUUGGGUUACACCACAAACACGAGUAUAGAGCCUACGAGGAAUCCUCCACUUCCCUGCUCCUCUCCAUGAUGGUGCCCCCUCGCCGUGUUGGGAUUUUCUUAGACUAUGAGGCUGGUACUGUCUCCUUUUAUAAUGUGACAAACCAUGGCUUCCCCAUCUACACCUUUUCGAAAUAUUACUUUCCCACCACCCUUUGUCCAUAUUUUAAUCCUUGCAACUGUGCAGUCCCGAUGACCCUGCGUCGCCCGAGCUCCUGAACGUUCUGCUGCCCCGCCCUCUUCUGGGCGGGUCCCUCUGAGGUUCAGCGGCGCUUCUCUUAAGUUUGUGUUUUUCUGCAUUUCACCUCUUUCUCUUGAACAUUUACUAAAUGCUAGACCAACACCCAGUGGUGAUAGCUAACAUCCUUGACUAAUUAUUUAUAGAUUUUGACAUGGGCUGGCGGUAAGUUUCACCAUUUUACCGGAAAGCACAGUAUUUGAUGAUUUGUUUUGUUGAGUCAUGGAAUCAAACUGAGGAAGUUAUUUUUCUCUUCAUUUGCUAUUAAGUUUUUGUACCGAAUGAAAAAUUGGAUUUCAGCAGAUAUUGUCUCUGUAAUUGUUGUGAUAACCAUGUGUCUUUUUAUUCUGUUACUUGAAUACAUUGAUUUGUUUCAGUUGUUAAAUCUAACACAAAUUCCUGAAAUAAACUUAUAUUCUUCACAUGAAAUACUGUAUUUGCUUUUUGGUAAUACACGGUUUAGGUUUUGUUUUCACCUAUUUAUAAAAGAAGUUGACCUGUAAUUGUAUAUUCUUGCAACAUCCUUGUCAGAAAUUAUAAAAUGCAAUAAAUGAGCAAAGGAAUUGCCAUAUAUUUGUAUAAGUAUAUAUAGGAUUCAGUGCUAAAAGUCCUUAUAAUAUUAAUUUUGGUGGCUUUAAAUUCAACUUAAAGAGAGAAAUUCUAACUUCAAUUUUCACUACAACCUUCAUGGAUCUUAAAUAUUUUAGGGUAGUAAUUGAAAAAUUUAAACAAAUCUUCCAAAUGCAGUGAAGUUUAAAAAGGGGGGAGAAGAGGAAAAUGAUCAAUCCAGUAUAUAUUUUUCUCCCAGAAUUGGAGGAAAAUAUAAAGAGAAAAUAACGAAUAUAAAGCACUUCUAGGAAGAGAGGAUUUCUACCUUCACAACCCCCUUUGGUUUAUGCUCAAAUGUGAACAGCUAGUGGGUGAGCUGCUAUGACUUUGGUAGGGAGGUGCUACAUGCCUUUUGGGCCAACUGUAAAAUAAAUUAUGCAGUAGAUGUGAGGGUGGAAACAAAUAAGGAGCAGACGGGAGCUGGCUCUCCAUCACAGAAUAGCCAGGAGCCACCAGUAGCUUUUGAGCACUUCAAAUGUGAUUAGUCUGAAUUGGGAUGUGCUCUAUGUGUAAA